AUGGCGGAGGCGAAGCUCGGUACGGUACUGGAUGCUGGGUUGUUUGGCAUUCGAGGAGUUCCAGGGCAUUUUGUCAAAACAAGGGUGAAACUGAAUGUGAUGGAACCCCUACGGUCUCAAUUGUUUGCGAGCAAUCCGAGUGUGGGGAAGUUCUGGUUCACGUUGGUCUAUGAACAUCUCCCUCUAUACUGUUACCAUUGUGGUAGGUUCGGCCAUACUGGCCAAAACUGUGAAUUCCCACCACCGACAGGGGAGGAAUAUUUUGGUCCAGGGCUGACUACCAAGGAAUCGUGCCACAGAUUGAAUGAAAAAUUGGUGCCAAUCCAUGGAGCUCCACUCCAGAAGACAGUGUGGGUGAACCCUAUUACUCAAGGGAAGAAAAGAAACGGAGAGGAAGCACAGCUCGAAAUGGCGUCUCAAGAGAGGGGCGAAACCACGAGGAGGGUAGUCCUGGCACUACCUGCUGAGGGAAGUAAUGGGAGCAAGGAGAAGAGGGUGCUGGGUGGGAAACAGGGAGCUCCUAGCGGGGUGGAUACAGGGAAGGAGGGGAAGAGGGAGGGGGCAACUGGAUCCAAUGGCCAUGAGGCUGCUGGUCCACGUGACAAGAGCAAGGGGGUAAAGGCAAGCCUGAAAAGCAGGUGA